AUGGCAAUGCAUUCUCUCUCUCCUCCACACACCUUCUUUUCUCACUUUACAACACUCUCUCUCAUCAACAAAACCAACUUGCUCCAACUUCACUAUCACAAUCACAGUAGAAUCUCCAUCAUCAUUUCUUCCAAGUCAAAUUCCAACAAGAUUUCCGCUAUCGGAAACCGCGUCGGCGUUGAAACCGAAACCGAAACCGCGGUUGUUGAAAUCGACAAGCCUCAAUUCCAAGUUUCCAGAGGCUACCCCUCUCCUUUCGGUGCUACUGCUCAAGAGGACGGCGUCAAUUUCGCCGUUUACUCUCUCAAUGCACACUCUGCUUCUCUCUGUUUGUUCACUCUUUCGGAUUUCAAAAAUAAUAAAGUGACGGAGUACAUUACGCUUGAUCCGUUGGUGAAUAAAACUGGAUGUGUUUGGCAUGUUUUUGUGAAAGGAGAUUUUAAAGAUAUGCUCUAUGGAUACAAAUUUGAUGGCAAAUUUUCUCCUCAACAAGGACAUUACUAUGACUCUUCUCGAGUUUUACUUGAUCCUUAUGCAAAAGCUGUUAUAAGCAGAGGAGAAUUUGGGGCUGUUGGACUUGAUGGUAACUGCUGGCCUCAAAUGGCUGGCAUGGUACCUUUUGAUCAUGAGGAGUUUGAUUGGGAAGGAGACUUGCCGCUGAAAUAUCCACAAAAGGAUCUUAUUAUAUAUGAAAUGCAUGUGCGAGGGUUUACAAAGCAUGAGUCGAGCAAGACUGAGUUCCCCGGUACUUAUCUUGGUGUAGUGGAGAAGCUUGAUCACUUAAAGGAGCUUGGAGUAAAUUGUAUAGAACUAAUGCCAUGUAAUGAGUUCAAUGAGCUGGAAUACUACAGUUACAAUGCUGUACAAGGGGACUAUAGGGUCAAUUUUUGGGGGUAUUCAACCAUCAAUUACUUUUCACCAAUGAUCAGAUACUCAUCAGCUGGCACACAAAACUGUGGCCGUGAUGGGAUUAAUGAAAUUAAGUUCCUCAUCAAAGAGGCGCACAAGCGAGGAAUAGAGGUUAUUAUGGAUGUUGUUUUCAAUCAUACAGCUGAAGGGAAUGAAAAGGGUCCCAUUAUUUCUUUCAGAGGAGUUGACAAUAGCGUGUAUUAUAUGGUAGCACCUAAGGUAUUCCUAAACAUUCUUAUUCUCUUUCAGCUAUUUGGUUGGCAAUUUUGA